UGCAAUCAUAAAUCAUGUUUGCCCAAGACCGUGCAAAGAGGAUGAAAUAUUGGCAUGCCUUAAUGGUAGUUAAUCUGGCAUACACUUUCUAUUUGGCAAAAAGAGUUCCUCCAAAAAAAUAAUUGAUGUUUUGAUGUAGCAAUUAAACAUGGAAGCAGUGAAAAAGGCAAAGGAACGAUUUAGAAAAUAUCCAAUUCUUAUUGCUCAGUGUCAGGAAUCUGGUGCUAAGUAUGCUGUAUGUGUAUCGACAAAAUCUAAUUUGCAAAAAAAUGAUUGCAAAAGUGAGUUUAAUGAAUUCAAGGCAUGCUUAAUGAAAGCUGCUUUGAAAAAUAAUACGAGGUUGUAGAGAAUAGAAUUAUAUCGAGUAGGUUCUCUUGUUUUUUACUGCUCUAUUGGUGUAGUCUUUUGUAAAAAAUACAUUUUACAUUUAAACAA